AUGGUUUCUAUUCGUAAAACCUUCGAGCUAAUCGGCUUCGGAGGCCAUUUCUCCUUGGGCUUGAUCGACCAAAAACACAUCUUGAUUAAUUUCGAUCCUGAGGAAGAUUAUCAGCGUUGUUGGCUCAGAAAAUCUUGGUCUAUUCAAGGUUUCAUUAUGAACAUCUUCAAAUGGUCACCAAACUUCCGACCGGAGGUCGAAUCUCCUAUCGUCCCAGUUUGGGUUGCUUUUGAAGGGCUUCCAGUUCACCUGCAGGACAAGCGCGCAGUUUACUCAAUCGCGAAUAUCAUCGAAACUCCUUUGAAGGUUGAUGCUUCUACACUAUCAGUCAAUAGACCUUCUGUCGCCAGAGUCUGCGUGGAAUUAAAUGUAACCAAAAACUUGCCGCAGACAAUUUGGAUCAACAACGGUUCAUAUGGGGGUUUUGCGCAAGCUGUCAAAUAUGAGUACAUACCACCAUAUUGCUCGAACUGCAACAAAUUUGGACAUACAACUAAAGAGUGCCGCUCAACUGCUGUCAACACCACUAUCCACACCACCUCUCAAAUGCCAGAAAUGCCACGAGCUCCGACCGCAAACAAACCCCGCACUACUUCGGAACCAGCGGCAACUUUGAUCCCUCCACGUAAACGCUGGCAAAUUGUGUCCCAAGCCGCUGCAAUAGCUCCCUCUAACAUUGAGAAUGACAACCCGCAUUUUGCUGGUUCAAAUGAAAAAACACCAAAUUCUUUGGAAAAUGAUGACAACCUGCAGGACUCUGGCUGUUCCGAGUCUUUUCCUGAAUGCCACGCCACCUUAGGGACUCAUUUAAUUGAUGAUCAUUGCGUUCGUGCUGAUAGUUCCCAGGAAUGUGCUCCAGGACACUACUCCGACGGAGAUGAUUUGCAAGAUGCACAGGUUUAUUCGAAGAGUCUUCUUGAGUCCUGGAAAGAAGCUAGCAAAGGUUUUUCAGCAAAGUUGUGCCAACCAGAUAUGGAUGCUUUUGUGACAGUGACAAAGAAAAAGCGCCGACCUCGCAAAGAUUACUCUGCUCAUUCCCCUUUGGUCACCACUCGUUUGGCCGCCGAAGAAUUUGCGAGGAAGCUAAACCUCAAAUUUUCCUUUGCAUCUAGUAACUGCAAAAUCUGGUUAUUCUGGUCAGAUGCUUUCUCUUUAAAUGUUUUGCAUGAUUCUAAUCAAUUUGUUUGUUGCGAGGUUAAAUAUGUUCCUUGGGAUUUCUCUUUCAAAUAUAUCUCUGUGUACGCCAAACACACCCGGGUGGAGCGGCAAUCUCUCUGGUCGGAUCUGAGUGAGUUAUUAAAUGACGAUUUUCUGGUUCUAAUUGGUGGAGACUUCAAUGCUAUCUCAUCUAUUUCUGAAUACAGAGGAAGUUCUGUUCUAGACCUGAAUAGUAUUGCGGACUUUUCCAGUUUUAUCUCAGAUUGCAGCUUAUAUGACUUGCCUACUGCGGAUGGAUUAUAUACUUGGUCUGGAACUCGGAGAACUGGUAGAGUAUGGAAGAGACUAGACAGAUAUCUCAUGUCUACUAGUUUUCGGGAUUAUUUCACUGAUGUUAGAGCAGGAAUGUUUAGCCGCACAUCUUCUGAUCAUGCUCCUAUUCUCUUCUGCGGGCAAAAGAAUGAUUUUUCUGGACCGAGGCAAUUCCGUUUCCAAAAUAUGUGGCUUACUCACCAUGGAUUCGAUGAAUUGGUUGCUAAGAGCUGGGCAGAACCUACUGUUGGAGGUGGUAUGAGAGCCUUUGCUUUCAAACUAAAACGCCUAAAGCAAGCACUAAGAGAAUGGAACCAUAAUGUUUUUGGAAAUGUCUUUGAUAAGUUUCGCUCAGCUGAAGCUGCGACUGCUGAUGCCGAGCUGCGUUUUGAUGCUGAAGCCUCUCUAGAGAAUCGCGAACACUUAGCAAGACAACAGGCUAAUUUAAUGUUGGCACUACGGCAAGAGGAAAUCUUCUGGAAACAGAAGGCCAAGGUGAAAUGGCUUCGAGAAGGUGACAACAAUACUAGCUUCUUUCAUAACUCGGUUCGGGACCGUCACAGGAGACAGAGGAUCAGUUGUAUUCGAGGGUCGACUGGUGACUUUAUUUUUUAUCAGGAAUUAAUUCAAUCUGAAGUUGUUUCCUUUUUCACUACUCUCUUUACUGAAGAACCGUAUUCAAAUAUAGAGGAAUUCAUAACACACAUUCAGCCUUUUAUCUCAGAUUCUGACAAUGCAACUCUUACAAGAGUCAUCACAAGGCAGGAAGUGAAAGAUGCUGUUUGGGCUCUAGACCCAGAAAGCGCUGCUGGACCUGAUGGCUACUCCGGCUCCUUUUUCAGACACUAUUGGCACAUUAUCGAAAAUGAUCUUUACUUGGCAGCGUUGGAUUUCUUUGCGGGUGUUCCCGUUCCUCAGGCAAUAACUAGUGCUCAAAUAGUUCUUCUUCCAAAGAAAUCUAACCCCGACACCUUUGCAGACUUUAGACCAAUUUGUCUUUGCAACUUUAUUAGCAAGGUUUUUACCCGGAUCAUCACGACCCGGCUAAAAAAUCUGCUUACUAAGUUGAUCUCCCGGGAACAAGCAGGCUUUGUCUGUGACCGAAAUAUUCAAGAUAAUGUGCUAUUAGCUUACGAGCUCAUCCACUUUAUCGAUAAGAAAUGCCGAGGGUCCAACGUCGCAGUGAAACUGGAUAUGAUGAAAGCAUUCGAUAGAGUGGCAUGGCCUUUCCUUCGGGCAGUCUCCAUACUUUACUUGCCGGGGAUUGCCUACUGUCUCGCACCUUGCAAAUAUCAUUGGGCUUCUUGGAGUAAGGUCUGCUACCCAGUUGACGAGGGAGGACUGGGUAUUAGAUCAAUGUUGGCGAUUCAACAGGCAUUUGCUUCCCGGAUGUGGUUUAAAUUCCGAUCUUCUGAUUCGAUUUGGAGCACUUUCAUGAGGCAACGCUAUCCUGGUCCUAUCUUUCAGCUUAAACCACCCUCUGGGCGCUUAAAGCUCAAUACUGACGCAGCCUUUUCUUCGACAAGGAGUGCUGGUGGGGCAUGCAUUCGAGACUCUCGUGGCUACCUUAUUGCUGCCUUGGCUUUCCCUAUUGAUGCGUCCUCAGCAUUGGAGGCAGAGACCUUAGCUUUGGAUUUUUCCCUCCACUGGUGUAACCUUGCGGGUAAAUGGCCUCAUUUUAUUGAGGUAGAUUCAAAACUACUUGCUUCUUUCCUUUCUUCUCCAGCUCCUCAGGUUCCAUGGCGAAUACAAGGCCCUAUCGCUCGUAUUAAGGACCAUCUUGCCUUCAGCUCUUCUACGGUCACCCAUGUCUACCGUGAAGCCAAUUCAGUUGCUGAUGCUUUAGCUUCUGUCGGACUCUCUUGCACCAGGCCGAUCUGUUUUCUUUCUUUUGAUUUACUGCCUAUUUCGGUUCGCUCAUCCUUUUUGUACGAUCUUCGGGGUUUUUCUGCCCCUAGACGUUUUCAUCAAUAA